UCAGAGCUAAUAAAGCGAUUAAUUAUUUAGGACUAUAAAACUAUAAAUUAUCCCAUCCUUACCCUUUUUUCGGUUUUCUAAGCAUUCGGUUUCUCUCUCUCCUCAUCACUAUUUCUCUCUGUUUUCUUUUCUCGCCGGAAAACAACUUCCGUCGCCGGGAAACCGCCUUUGCUUUUUUCGACGUUAUUCCGCGCCAUCGUAGGAAGCUCUUCACGGUCUUCCGAUUGAAGCGCUUGCAUUCUCUCCCAAUUUUCCGUGGUUGCUCCUACCAGGCGUUGGAUCUCUCUGUAACGCCGUAUCAGCCUCGUAUACGGCACCGUUCGAGAAUGUGGAAAGCCUAGUCCUCUUUUAAGGCUAGCUUUUAAUCUGCAACAUUCAGGAUCGUGAUUUAGGGUUUGUCUCUGCGGUUUGGAUUCGGCUUCGUGAUUCUUUGCUUGCGAUUCAUUCUUCUAGUCAUCGAAGACGGAGACAUACAAGGAGCGAUUGCGUGAUGAAAUGGUGGAAGGAAGAGUUCGUUUAUCUGAGGAAGCUAGAAAUGGGUUAGAAAUUUUGAAGCGUAAAAGGCUUCAGCGUGCAAAAUCCGUCACUGCCACUCAGACUAGUGUUGCAAACAUGAUAAACAGAAGCGGAGGAGAUGCUUUGAGAGGUUCAGCUUCAUGUGGCCCGAGAUUGCAUGGUAAUGCAGAUAUCUUUUUCAAGCGGAAGGUGGAUAAGUUUGAUACUAGUGAUCUGGAAUGGACAGAGAAAAUUCCAGAGUGUCCUGUGUAUUCUCCUACGAAGGAGGAAUUUGAAGAUCCUUUGAUUUAUUUGCAAAAGAUAGCUCCAGAAGCUUCUAAAUAUGGCAUAUGCAAGAUUAUUUCUCCGCUGAGUGCUUCUGUACCUGCUGGGGUUGUUUUAAUGAAGGAGAAAGCAGGAUUCAAGUUUACUACUAGAGUGCAGCCCCUUCGCCUUGCUGAAUGGGAUACUGAAGAUAAAGUAACAUUUUUUAUGAGUGGAAGAAGUUAUACAUUCCGUGAUUUUGAGAAAAUGGCAAACAAGGUCUUUGCACGAAGAUAUUGCAGCGCAGGAUGUCUUCCUGCGACUUACUUGGAAAAGGAGUUUUGGCAUGAAGUUGGUUGUGGGAAAAUGGAAACUGUUGAAUAUGCAUGUGAUGUUGAUGGCAGUGCCUUUUCAUCUUCUCCUACUGAUCAGCUUGGGAACAGCAACUGGAAUUUACAGAAGCUUUCUUGGUUGCCCAAAUCAACUUUGCGGCUCUUGGAAACUUCAAUUCCGGGAGUGACAGAACCCAUGCUAUAUAUUGGAAUGCUGUUUAGUAUGUUUGCAUGGCACGUGGAGGAUCAUUAUUUGUACAGCAUUAAUUAUCAGCACUGUGGGGCGUCAAAAACAUGGUAUGGUAUCCCUGGUCAUGCAGCUUUGGAAUUUGAAAGGGUGGUGAGAGAACAUGUGUAUACUACUGAUAUUUUGUCAAAUGACGGGGAAGAUGGAGCCUUUGAUGUUCUCCUGGGCAAAACAACUCUAUUUCCACCUAAUAUUUUGUUGGAGCAUAAAGUCCCUGUCUACAAGGCUGUUCAAAAGCCCGGGGAGUUUGUAAUAACAUUCCCUAGAGCGUAUCAUGCAGGCUUCAGUCAUGGUUUCAAUUGCGGAGAAGCAGUGAAUUUUGCACUCGGUGAUUGGUUUCCUCUUGGAGCUAUUGCGAGCAGGAGAUAUGCACUUCUGAACAGAGUCCCUUUACUUCCCCACGAAGAACUUCUUUGCAAAGAAGCAAUGCUUCUUCAUACAUGCUUGGAACUUGAAGAACCGGACUUUCCGUCUUCAGACAUUUUGUCUCAUUAUAGAACUAAGAUAUCUUUCAUUAAUUUGAUGCGUUUCCAGCAUUGUGCCCGUUGGUUACUAAUGAAAUCGAGGGCAUGUAUAAGUGUUUCUUCUCAUUCGCAUGGCACAAUUCUCUGUAGCCUCUGCAAACGUGACUGUUACAUAGCAUAUGUUGACUGCAGCUGUCAGAUGCAUCCUGUAUGCCUACGUCAUGAUGUCAAAUCUCUUGACUUCACCUGUGGGAGCAAACACACUCUUUAUUUGAGAGAGGAUAUUGGCGAUAUGGAAGCUGCAGCCAAGAUGUUUGAGAAGGAAGAUAGGAUAUUGGAUGAAAUAAGCAAUCAAUCCAAAAGUGACCAAAAUAUGUAUUCACAUCCUUUGUCAGAUAUGUUUCAGAGAGCUGAAGCAAAUGGGUACGAACCCUAUUGUGAGCUUAAACUUGAUUCUAUCAUAGAAUUUUAUACAACUCCAGAACAGUCAACAAAUAAUCAAGAGUCUGGUACACAAAGUCCAGUAUUUUUCAGACAUUGCUCUGAAAAUCACAAACCAGAAGUGUCUGUGGUUUCCUUUUCUGCUGCAUCCACCCUUUGUUCUCUUUCAGAACCUCUUGACUUCUCUGCUCCCAAAAAUGCCGAGGGGCAGACUAACUUGAAAAAGGGCAGUAUUGAUUUUGAAGAGCUUGGUGAAAGAAUAUCCAACAGUGGAUGCAAAUCUUCACUCUCCCCUGCUCCGAAUCACGGAAGCUCGGCUAAACUGCAUGGUGAUCUUCAGAGACCUGACAUGAAGCCCUUAGUGGAUAACGAGAGUGAUGAUUCUGAUUCUGGGAUAUUUAGGGUAAAGCGUCCUUCCUCUCUGAAAGCUGAGAAAAGAAACGCAAAGGCUAUGUCUUUGAGGCGUUCUGAACAACAGCGACUUAAACGAUUGCAGAAAGUCCUUCCUGAAGGCAAAAGCGGGCAACAAAUGGGUUACAGAACCAGUGAGUCAAGUUACAAAUAUAAUCCUGUUAAUCAUAAAGUUGAUAUGCAAAUAUCCUCAAAGGACAGAUUGGUAAGGGGAAAUGGAACUCCCAUUUCUGUAACAUAUAGAAAGUCGGGUAAUGAGGAAAUUAGUAUGCAUAUGCAGCGAGAUCACCACCGGAGAGAGAGGUUGCAGCAAACUUAUAGGGAAGCACCUUCCAUUGAGAUUGGGCCAAAGCGCCUUAAAGUCCGAGGCCCUUCGUAUUUGGGCAUAGAGAGCAGGUUGAAUUGAAGUUUCAAGUUUGACUAUGCUAACUUCAUUUAGCUAACAGGCUUUCUAACAACACAAAAUCCAAAUGAUUGAUUUUGGAAGCAGCUGCAAGGUAUUAACCAAAUAGGAUAAGAAUUUACAUUCUUUGUGCAGGGAGGCCCUAACAUUUGGGCAAUCUGCACGGGUGGUGAUCCUUUGGGUUCUCUCUGGCCUGGGUGUUUUUCCUACUUCGCUGGGUGAACCUGCAGACACUAGAAAGUUAGGAAUUGAGAUAGUGGCCCGUUAUGUCUAUGUACAUUUGUUUUCUUUUCAUCAGUCUUUUUAGGUCGUGAUAGGAACAUGGUCCCUCCAUUGUUUUCUCAUUAAAAAAUUGCUGUCAGCUGCUUCCGCUUUCGAUGUUAAUUCAUUCUUUUUGUAGAAAUAGGUACAAGUGUACCUAGAACUACAUGAAUAAAAUUUCAAAGAAAUUUCUUAUUUUCUCUCAAUAUCAUUUU